UUUCUAAUAUUUUGUUUACCUGAAUUACAUAAUAAAAGAAUGUGGAGUACAAUAAACAUUAUCAGAUCAUUAGUAUUAAGAUGAAUGAGUAAUUCAUAAAUCAGGUUACACCAAUUAUGCAACCAAAUCUGGAGCUUUAUCACCUCUACUUUUCAUGUUUCAUGAAACAACAUAUGUAAACAUGGUGUGGACUACACCUCUUAAGCACUGAACUUAUCUAGGCACUGCAUAGAUCAGGGGCACACAAACUUUUUUUUACCUAAAAUCUACUUUUCGAUCAACCAACCUCCCGUGAUCGACCCAUUAAGGCGGAUUUUUCCAGAGAAUUUUGGUUGAACUCCCAAGUCGUACUACUUUUAGGACGCUUGACUUUACAAGUUGCAUUGAAAUGGAGUCCUUCGUUUUAUUAGUUGUAGCACUAGCAGGUUUGUAGCUGGCAUUGUUUGGGCAUUGGUUCUUAUCUGCUUGUCGACGCGGCCUGACCGCAUUCUGUGUGCAUUAAUCAUCCUUGAAUCACAACACUUUUAUAGACCAGGAUGUUUCAUUCUCUCGCUACCAUUGUUUUCCAUCAUAUGCCGACAAGAUGGAUACAAACUGGCAGCCCUGCUUGUGUAGUCGUAGUUGCUCCCCCACAGUGAAAUGAAAAUGAAAUGUCCUGUAGCUCAUGGGUACGGACAUUGAGUCAUCUUUUGUGUUGAAGCGCAGCAGUCAAGCUCGCGCAUCUCGAGUGGAGCCCCAACAGAGGAAGAUGAGCCUGCAUGGUGCCAGCGGGGGCUGCGACCGCUCACGUGACCGCCGCCGCUCCAGCGAUCGCUCCAGGGAUUCCUCGCACGAGAGAGAGGCGCAGCUCACUCCCUGCAUUCGCAACCUCACCUCACCUACACGUCAACACAACAGUGAACGAGACCGUGAUGGCGGGCCGUCGUCGAGGCCCGGCAGCCCUCGGCCACAGAGGGUCUCCCCCAGUGGCUCCAGCAGCAGCGGCGUGGUGAGCAGCCGCAACAGCAGCCUUUCCAGCACCGAGGGAACCUUCAAAGGUUUGGCAGUGGGAGAAAUGGUCUUUGUGUACGAGAACCCCAAGGAGGGCGCGGCCAGCACCACCCUCUGCAACCGAAAUGUGCGGACGUCUGAGAGGGUUACGCUCAUAGUUGACAACACGCGCUUCGUGGUGGACCCCUCAAUCUUCACUGCGCAGCCCAAUACCAUGCUGGGCAGAAUGUUCGGAUCAGGACGAGAGCACAAUUUUACAAGGCCCAAUGAGAAGGGAGAGUUUGAGGUGGCCGAAGGAAUCAGCUCAACGGUUUUCCGAGCAAUUCUGGAUUACUACAAAUCGGGGCUAAUCCGUUGUCCUGAUGGAAUCUCUAUCCCCGAGUUGCGGGAGGCGUGCGACUAUCUAUGCAUCUCUUUUGACUACAGCACCAUCAAAUGCAGAGACCUCAGUGCCCUGAUGCACGAGCUGUCCAACGAUGGCGCCCGGCGACAGUUCGAGUUCUACCUGGAAGAAAUGGUUCUACCUCUGAUGGUGGCGAGCGCCCAGAGCGGCGAGCGCGAGUGCCACAUCGUGGUCCUCACCGAUGACGACGUGGUCGACUGGGACGAAGAGUACCCGCCGCAGAUGGGAGAAGAGUACUCCCAAAUCAUUUACAGCACAAAACUGUACCGAUUCUUCAAGUAUAUCGAGAACAGAGAUGUUGCCAAGUCUGUUUUAAAGGAGAGAGGAUUGAAGAAAAUACGCCUGGGCAUUGAAGGUUACCCCACAUACAAGGAGAAGGUCAAGAAGCGUCCCGGAGGUCGUCCGGAGGUCAUCUACAACUACGUCCAGAGGCCCUUCAUCCGCAUGUCGUGGGAGAAGGAAGAGGGCAAGAGCCGCCACGUGGACUUCCAGUGCGUCAAAUCCAAAUCCAUUACCAAUCUGGCGGCGGCGGCAGCCGACAUCCCCCAGGACCAGCUGGUGGUCCUUCACCCGGGCCCCCAGGUGGAUGAGCUGGACAUCCUGCCCAACCACCCGCCCGGAGGCCACCCCUACAGCAACAACUACAGCAACGAGCCCGACCCCGAGGGACCCCCGCCUGCCGUGUGAGGACCCUUGAGACCCCGUCGGACGCCGCUCCUGUCCCUCUUGUCCGCCUCCCAGCAUGCUGCAGCAUGGAGCGCACCAUACGGGGGGCACCAUAACCAUAUUGCCUUGACACCUCCUUCGCAGCCUUAGAGAGCCAAGAACCUGGUGGACUGCUUUGAUUUUCUUUAGUUUGUUUUUUUUUGUUUUGUUUUGUUUUUUUUACUUGACCAAAGCAAUUUAUUUUUGUUUGCUAAAUAUUCAGUAAACACUUUACUUAUUAUUAUUAUUAUUAUUAUUUACAAUGUUGGACCCUCAUUUGUUGGGUUUGGUUGAGCACUCUUGUGAUAUCAAUGUUUCCCCUCAAUCAUUUUGUUUGGAUUUGACAUGUUCCCGGGUGGCUUGAUGACUCCAAUGUGUGCUUUAUACAGAAAAGACUUGGUCAUAAAGGGACAGGGGGGAGAAUCAUCACUUGUCAUCUGACCUCCACGUGUUAACAGUGUAAUUGGAUGUGUUUUGUCAUUGGCUGGAUGUGAUAUGUGCUGUGACGCUCCUACCGCAAACUCAAACAUUAAAGCAGAGCACACGGGCUGGCACGCUCACAAUCUUGUAGUGCAAAGCUUGAAACGGUUGCCAAAACGAAAUGUUUCAAUAAAGGAAAAAAAAAAAGUUUUU